AUGACAGAAGAGACGCAUCAGACCCAUCAAUUGCCUGAAAGUAUGGAAGAAGAAAUAUUGGCGUGGGAGGACGACGACGAGCUGCUGAGUGUAGCUGGCCAGCUCGACCGCGUGCUCAGCGGAGGCCAGCUACACUCAGCAGCAAGCAGAGAAGGCCGUGAACAAGUUGAGGCUGCCAGGGUGCGGGAGGCCGCGGAGGCCGCGAGGGUGCGGGAGGCCGCGAGGGUGUGGGAGGCCGCCGAGGCCGCCGAGGCUGCCAGGGUGCAGGAGGCUGCCCCGGCCCCAGGAGCCCUCGAGGUCCCUGGGGUGCCCGAGGCAAACCCUCUGGGAAAUGUGAAGGAAAACAACACCCAGAGGGGAACUCGUGCCGGGAAGUGGAGCACCUCCCGGCAGCGAGAAGGGAUGGCCAGCAGAUUAAUAUUGAAUCUAAUAAGGCUAAGCCAUCCCUAUAAACGGGGCGGCCGAGGAGGUGGCGAGCGAGGAGGUGGCGAGCGAGGAGGUGGCGAGCAAGGAGGAGUACCAAAUGUGUAACUUGUAAAC